AUGGCUUCUGCGCUUUUGACGUCGCUCUGCGAACGCGCCAAAGCGGCCGAGACACUGGAGGACACCACUAUUGUUUCCAAAGACUACUCCUGCAACAAGAACUGGCGGUGCUGCCGCUUCGAAGACGGCGAUGUGGUCGUGAAGUUAACUCGACAUCCCUCAGGCUGGCUUCUGCUCAGCAGCAGUGCUUUGGCUGAGGCCAGUCCAGUCCUCGCGAAAAGCUUUAGCAAGGAGUGGAAUCGUGCGAAGACCGUGGUGUACCCACGAACUGGAGAGACUGUCAGAAUCUUCACCCUGUCGUUGGUGUACGACUUCUAUGCGGGAACUUGGUUCCUCGACUCGGAGACAUCACCUCGCGGUAUCUUUCAGGAGGAACUAGACAGACUGCACGUUCCCUUAGGACCCUAUGACGAUGACGAGGAGCUGCUGGAAGAGCUACGGGCCAAACAUGGAAGGCUCCUCUCGACGAUCCAGACUGUGAUCGACCUGCAGUCUUUCUUUGCCAUCCUGUGCGGCGAAUCUCCGCAGCUUGCAGACCUGCUCGGACCAGAUGCUGAAGAGUCCUACUCUAUGUACCCGAUCAACGGCGAGCCGAGAAUCUACAUGGCCCGGCACAUGUUCAAGCACAUCAACAACAUCCUGUGCUAUGCGAACUUCUAUCAGUGCUUCGCCUUGGUCGCAGCAUACUUGAAAAGCCUCCUAAUGGACGAUCCGGACAUCUGGGAAGCGUGUGAGCAGUACUCUUGGCUCAUCAUCAAGACUGCUGAGGCCCUGCGCUGGCAAGAGCUCUACGACGACUGCCUGCGUCACAUCUUUCGGCAUCAUUCGACUUUUGGUCCAGGAUCCCCAAUACGCUUCGCCACACUUGGACUCACCGUGGACUCAUUCCAAGACAACUUCUAUCGUGCGAUGGCGUGGCAUGAGCAAGUUAUCCAGGAGAUUCGGCAUGCAUUGGCCACCGUGCACUUGCCGGCCAUUGGUGAUCCCAAGUACAAGACCUGGGGCGGAUGGGAUGGGGAGGUCUACGACGAGGAGAGCUUUUCAGAUCGGGAUGAGCUGGCCGCUCUGAUUGCGUCGGGCAUCUACUCGAACUCUCCUCUCGCACGUUGUGGGCAUGUGGCGCAACCUGGCUGCUACUCAGACACCGAUAUCUGGCCCGACACGGUUCCGCUGACAGCACCUGAAAGAGAUCUCCCCGGCAUCUAUGACAUGGUCAUGACCGCCAGUCGCUCGCAGAACCCAGCCAAGAUCCUCGAUGGCAUGAAGCCAGAAGAGGCAGCCCUCAAAAUGAAGCUCGCCGCUAUCUGCGACACUAUUGCGAUGACGACGGCGAUCAGGAAAAACCUGUCAUUGUUGGUGAUCGAUGCAUCCCAAGUCUUGCAGAACGCCUUCGAGGCGAACUAUCACACAGGUCGACCCAAACUGACGCCAGCCCAUCAUCCGAGCACCGAGUACUUCACCAACUACGACAUUACCGAGGAGGAUCGUCCGUGGCAAGAGCCAUACGAGUGGGAAGGCGAGCCGUUCGACAUGGUGCAUGGCCCUCACCAGCCAGCCAGCGGCGAGUGGCUUGAUGCCUUGGAAUUCUUCGAGCUGGACGUGACAGUGGACUGA